GCAGCGACAGGCCGGAUCCCGACCGGAUGUUGAUACUAGCUCGGAGCACUUCGCAAACAGGAACAGUUGGGAAAAUAACAACGAAGCGACGACGACGACGACGACGGUACAAACAACAGACGUGCGUCUAAAAUAUACCUCAAAUAUCGGUGACAUCGUCGCUGGUGGGGACAUUUCGUGCCACUAAGAACAAAUCUGAAACGCUGUAGUCCAGUCAUUCCCAGAGAUCCGACAAUGGGACGUAUCUUCUUGGACCACAUUGGCGGAACACGCCUCUUCUCCUGUGCCAACUGCGACACCAUCCUGACCAAUAGGUCUGAGCUUAUCUCAACACGUUUCACAGGAGCCACAGGCAGAGCUUUCCUCUUCAAUAAGGUGGUGAACCUGCAGUACAGCGAGGUGCAGGACAGAGUGAUGCUUACUGGCAGGCACAUGGUGAGAGACGUCAGCUGCAAGAACUGCAACAGCAAGCUGGGUUGGAUCUAUGAGUUUGCCACGGAGGACAGUCAGCGGUACAAGGAGGGACGUGUCAUCCUGGAGAGGGCGCUGGUCAGGGAAAGUGAGGGCUUUGAAGAGCAUGUCCCCUCAGACAACUCAUGAGUCCCUAAAGUUGGGUUAACUUAUGUGGGAAGGCUCACUCCUGUGUCCUCCUUCCUUUUAUUCCCUUGCCUCUGUGCCGCAUACCGCCACCUGCAGAAUUAGUGGUCAGUGAAGUUUCAGGGCCCCCCCCCCUAAAAAAAAAAAAAAAACACGAAGAUUGGUUUGCUGGAUCUAUUCUUGCUGAAUAGGGUUCCCCAAAAUACUUCCUGAUAUAUGUGUUCCAGGGUACACCCCCCCCCCAGUGUUCAUGCACGGUCACACAGAAUUUAUAACAUCGCUGCACAAGGCAUGCUCCACUCUUAUUCGUAUGGUAGUUAAAUACAUGCAUGAUAAUAGACAUGGUCAAUCACAUUAAAAAAAAAAAAAAAAAACCAUCACCAGAUUGUUUUGUUUAUUUAGAUAACUGGAGGCAGUAGAGCUGAGUAUGUUGACCAUCCAGACCUGGUCAAAGCAGCCAGCCCAGUCUACACAGCAGUGUUAAAUGAACCAGCUGAGGUGUCUCUCUACGUAUUGCUUUCGCGGGGCUUGUGCUUCUGUGUUGUGAACUUUGUCUCAAUGUGUUUGUCAUUGGUAAGCCCUGAACGCAUUUAAGACAAUGGUAGUUGUAAUUCCUAUAUCAGUUACCUUUUAUUAGCUGGUAGUGUCAUGAAUUUAACGGUGUGUCGAAUCUCUGUUCUCGUCCGUAUGAUACCGUAAGGACCGCACAGAUUGAUGUCAUAUUUAAGUAUUCAUCGUUGUGUUUGAUGAUGAUGAUAGCAGUUAUUUAAAUUCGGCUCACAUGAUGUGCAAUUAUUUCGAUCGACAUGACAGUUCUGAAAUGUACACGGAUUGGCUUGAAUGCCCCAUUCUUGCGGUUCAUAGUGCGGAGGUGAGCUCCUGUACAUUGCAAAAUCGUGGAAUUCAUCCUACAGUUUUGUUGAGUUCUACCAGUCAGCAUCUGUUACCAUGGAUUCUGUGCCUGUGCGCGUGUGCCGUGUGAAGAGCAACAUGUCACUUUGGUGAUAUAUCAGGAGCAUGUACCUUCAAGCCAUGUGUCUUCAGUAUGACGGAUGAGAAAUGUGUCGGAGGCGUGAGGGAGAUGUUCUCUGGCUGCCUGCUGGCUUAAGGACAGGAUUUUGAUAGGAUGGGUCAUACAAACAUUCGAAAUGAACUAGGUGACAGUGGGGGACAAACGGACAGAGCCUCUUAGGGAAUAACUUGAGCCACAACGCAAUAGGGAUUCAGCAAACACUUUUCUGUAACACGGCACAAUGUUGGAAACGACGACAAACCAAAAAGAAGUUUCAGUCCAUCUUGAGUCUUUUUUUUUUAACUGUAUUCAUUUAAAUUCAUUCGAACAGUUGAAUGCUGAGGCCGACCCCUAGGGCCAAAUUACUGUUAAGAUAGUGACUCUUUCUCUUUUUAUAAUCCUGGGCUUAGAGCACAAUUGGUCAUAAGAUGACUUGUUCCUUACAACACAAACCAAACAAGCUUGAAUGGAGUAAUAUGUCUUUAAAGACAAGCCUGUGUCUCUGACUAGACCCGAGCCUCUAUUUUAUAUCGUCAGUGUCCUGUGAAGAUUCCAAAAUGUCAAAUUGUGUACAACCCCCCCCCUCCCCAAACAAAACCGACAAAAUCUCAGUUUUCAUGACAUUUGAGGUUAUUUUUGGACUGGGUUGUAGCAAAGCAUCAUGGCCAUGGUGUAACAUUAUGCCAUUUCAGAGGGUGAAUGGCUGCAGGCGUUACCGGAAUGAUCCAGUCUUCGCAAGCGACACUGUUAAUGUUUUUGCUCGCCUCUACAAGGUCAUGCAAGACAGUGUCAAUGCAAGUUACAAUUUCUACAAAAAGAAAAAAAAAAAAAAA